GUCCACAUACCUGCCUUGGACGACCAUGAACGCGACGGACCCUGGCGCGCAGAGCGUGCACGGCGUGAACCCACAGACGCUAGUGGAGAAGAUCAUGCGCAACCGCAUCUACGCCAGCAUAUACUGGAAGGAGCAGUGCUUUGGGCUCACCGCAGAGACGUUGGUAGACAAAGCUGUCGAGCUCCAAGAGUUUGGAGGCACGUUUGGAGGCAACCAGCAGCCCACGCACUUGCUGUGCCUUCUGCUUAAAAUGCUGCAGCUGCAGCCUGAACUGGAAGUCGUGAAGCAAUUCAUCGAGAACGAGGACUACAAGUACGUGACGGUGUUGGGGGCUGUAUACUUGCGCUUGGUGGGCAAACCUCUGGAGGUUUAUACGCUGCUGGAGCCGCUGCUGAGCGACUACCGAAAGAUUCGCAAGCGCAACGUCAUCGGCUGGGAGAUCACACACGUAGACGAGAUUGCAGACGCUCUACUUAAUGAAGAAUACUAUAUCGACUUGGCUCUUCCUAGAUUGGUGGAGAGAGAGUUGCUGGAGAAGAGCGAUGGAUUGGCGCCGAGAAGGAGUCCGCUCGAAGACGAACUCGACGCUGAUAGCGAUAGUAGCAGUAGUAGUGAGAAGGAGUAG